ACGAUUCUUGUUCCGGGUUGUGCUGUUUUGUUAUGCUAAGUGAAAAACAGGUUUAAGAGCGUCACGUUAUAAAUACAUGUGUCUUCUGGUUUAGGAAACAAGAGUGGGAAAAUAUCAGGACGCGAUGCAAAGACCACAGUUUCGCCAUCCCCGCCAGGGCUCUGGUCCGCGGGCCGCAGGCUUCCGCAGCCCGCCUCCAGCUUUCGACAGGACAGGGAGUAUGUUUCCAUCGCCUCCGUGGGCAUUUUCAACCCCACCGCCGCCGUUUGGACCUAGAUUUGGACAGUGUUCUCCCAAUACCCCACCGAGAGAGUUUGGUGGUAAUAGAGGCGGCGGCGGUGGGAAAUAUUUUGACGGUCAGUCUCCGGGUCACACACCGCGCAGAUCGAGCCCCAGUCCCCGCGGCGCACCGUUCAGACGCUCGCCGUAUGAGAGUCCCGGACGACACUCUGGAUAUCAGGGUUCACCACGGACAUCCACUCCGUUUGGGUCAACGCAUGGCAGGGAGAGAGGGACAAAUGAUAUGGAAAAAUAUUACAAACCGUCAAUGCUCCAAGAUCCCUGGGCUGACCUACAGCCCAUCUCAGUUACACAAGCUCAGUCUAAAUGCAACUCCAAACAAACCAAUACAAGCAGACAAGGGAGGUACUACAAUUAAAACUUUAUCUAACUUCAGUGAAAGGGAAAAGUCAAUGAACAGUCCUUUUUAUUUAGUGCACCAGUAGUGCACUAAAUUUUUAAAGUCAAACGGAGCCAGCCGAACACAAUGGACCUGAGGCAGGAUUCACCAGCAAUAAUUCUUGAGAAACUGACUCCACAACAUUUUUUUUAAAUCGUAUGUACUUGCUUGUAUAAAGAGACACUCUCUUUUACUGUCAUAUCUGCACCUCAACGACAGGAUCAUAAAAAUGGGGUGCUAUUGUAACUGGCAGCCAAAGUAGUUUGCCAUCUCAGGCCCACUCCCAAGACGAGUUUGCGAAUCCUUCACUGAAUUCAGGGGAAUAUGUCUUCAAGCUCAAAAUGCAGUCUAACAAAAGAUGUCUGAUCAACACAUCCAUCUACCUCUCAAUAUUGACUAUGUGAUGUUAACUAGAACAGGUCAGGUCAAGUAUUUGUAGGUUUGGCUGCUUAACUAAUUUUCUAUGGACUUUUUUUUUUUUUGGUGACUUUUUUUGGUUUUAUCAGUCUAUGAUCUUUUCUUUUUUGUAUAAAUAAAAAACAUGGACUGGCAACAGACAUUGUAAUCAUAAACGGCCCACAAAGAACUAUUGUUGAAUAAUAAGCCAAAUAUAAUUUAAAGUUGAAAUGCAAUACAGUCCUUGUCAAAAACCAUUUCAAGUUGAAAUCUGUUACGCUUUAUUUACUAAAAACAUGUUUAAUAUCUUCAAAAUUAAUCUCACCAUGGAUAAUGUAGAUAAAACACCGUAACAUUACUACACAUCUCUGCAAGCUGUAAUUCAGUCUUUUUUUGUAUGUAUUAUGUUUUUGCUGUACAAUAUACCAUAUAAAUCUCAUAUUGGAGGUCUACAAAAAUAGAUUUUAUUAAUGUAACAGAAACAUAACAUUUUAUAAGUUCAGU